AUGCUGCGUAAGUACGCUGCAGAUUGUGAGAUCCACGUAGGUUGUGCACCGGCAUCGUCACAGUCAUAUUAUCUGUGUCGAUUUGACGCGACAUCGGAUAUUCGAUUCGAUGCGAAUCUGCUGAUUUGUUUGUUCUUUUGCGGUACACUCAUUGAUUUGGAUGAAGAUAUUUACGCAGUGCCGAAACUAAGGUAUUUCUUCAAUUUCGUACGACUUUCAUAG